AUGGGCCACCUGCGCACCAAAGCCAUGAGGAAGGCAGGCUGGGUCAUCAUUAAGAAACACUGCAUUCACCUGGGCAAUGACUUCCACACCAACAAAUGCACAGGCAAGGGGACCACCAUUAUUCCCAGCGAGAAGCCACACAAUAAGACAGCAGGCUGUGUCACACAUCUGAUGAAGCAGAUUCAGAGAGGCCUAGUUACCUCCAUCAAGCUGCAGGGGGAGGAGAGAGAAAGGAUGAAUCAUUAUGUACCUGAGUUCUCAGCCUUGGAUCAGGAGAUGGCUGAAGUAGAUCCAGACACUAAGGAAAUGUUGAAACUUUUGAACUUGGGCAGUCUGUCCAAACCGUAGGUUACCCAGUCUACAGGUGGGAUGGAUUUCAAAACACCAUGUGCGGCCGUUUGA